AUGUCAUUUUUCAAGAAUUUAAUCGAUAAAAUUGAAGGUGAUAAGGGUGAUCAUCACUCUCAUGGUCACCGGUCACAACAAGGUUCGAAUAACUUUGACGAAGAUUAUCAAGGCGAGUACCAUGGCGAAGCUCCUUUUCAAGUACCUCCACGGGAGAAUCCAUAUUCACGUCAAGGAAUCUCGGAGCCGCAUAAAUCUGAAGACAGCUACGGACAACCCGAUUACAACGAACGGGAGGGUUUUUCUCGUGAAUUUGACAAUGAAAGCCAAUCUCCUCGUCGGUUUGAAGAAAAUAAACGUGAAAAUCAUAAUCGAGAAGAAUAUGGGUAUGAUCGUGAAGAUCGUAAUCCAGAACGAUAUGGAAACGAUGACAAAGUCGAUCGCAAUUACAAUGAAGAAUAUAGAGGAGAACCAAGUGAUUCGCGCGAAGAACAAAAGUAUAAUCGUGAAUAUAAUCAAGAACAUAGACGUGAGGAAAAUAGUUGGCGCGAUUAA